AUGUACCUUUUACCUAAUUGUAUCGACGAUUUGAAAUACAGUGACUUUUGGAAGAACACGGAGGAGCCUUCGCUUAAUAAAUUCUUGAGUUUCCGAUUACACCAAAAUAAUUUGGAAGAAAGCGAAGUGGAGCAUCGUCGGUAUAAAGAUGAACUGAAGAGUAUUAGUAAUUACUAUGAUGAAGAAUCUGAAAUUGGGAAGGUGUUGAUAUGGAAACAAAAGUUCAAGGCAAGUAUAAAUUUAUUUGUUGAUUUGACACUAUGCCAUCGCCAACUACCAUUGUUGGUUGCUUACUGGCAGGGGAAAGGUUGCUUACUUGUUGUGGGAAAGCGCGAUAAAAACUCGGCAGAGGUAAAACUUUUCUGGGAAUUACAAGUGAAAAAACAAGAUAUUCUUAAGGAGAUCAGAUUGCUUGAGGAGAGAUGCAAGUUACUUGAAAAGGAGCAAACCGAAAUGGAGAACAAAAUGUGUCUUGAACAGACCCAACAUAUUUUGCAUGCGACGAGAGAGACCGUAGAUCAAGGCCUUUCACUACAAAGAUCAAUUGUAGAAAAAUUGAAGAAACGUGUGCUGGAUGAGCCGUAUGCAUCUUGCGAACCACCAAAAAGGAGGUCCAAAGUCACUAAUAGUGAUAUAAUCGCAGAAUCUCAUUCUGAAUCUAAUGCAGAGACCGACAUAACCGAAGAUAGUGAUAUAAUCGCAGGAUCUCAUUCUGAAUCUAAUGCAAAGACCAACAUAACUGAAGAUAGUGAAAUAAUUGCGGGAUCUCAUUCUGAAUCUAAUGAAGAGACCGAUACAGAAGUGAUUAACAUAACUGAAGAUAAUGCAGAAAUCGAGAGUCUCACACAGAAUGAGAGGGAUAUUCGCAAAAAAUUACUUGAAGUUUUGGACACAAUCCAAGACAAAGAAAGAAAAUCUAAAGAGGACCAUAUGUCAUCG